AACGCAGACACACGCCUCACAGCCCAGCAUCAUAUUCACAGCAAUAAGAAUGCGGAGUUUGUUCUCUAUAGCUCUUGUGCUGGUGGUGGUCUCGAUGAUCACUGUUGAAGCCAGUAUGAAGAAAAAAGAAAAGGGCAAAGAGCCCAAAGCAGAUGCUGAGUGCAGUGAAUGGCAGUAUGGGAAAUGCGUGCCCAAUAGCGGAGACUGUGGAAAUGGCAUCCGAGAGGCAACCUGCAACGAACAAACCAAGAAAACCAAGUGCAAAGUCCCAUGCAACUGGAAGAAGGACUUUGGCGCCGACUGCAAGUACAAGUUUGGUCGUUGGGCCGAAUGUGACACUACUACAGGAACCAGAAGCAGGUCUGGGACAUUGAAGAAGGCGCUGUUCAACGCUGAAUGCCAGACCACCAUUAAAGUGUCCAAACCUUGCACCCCAAAGACCCCCAAACCCAAGGGAGGCGAGAAGAAGAAAGGAAAAGGGAAGGAAAACUAACUUGGCGAGCACCCCUACUGCCCUCUCAGUGGUACAUUCCUACGUGACACGCCCAAAUCCUCCAAAUGGUGAAUGCUGAGAGGAAUAAAACAAAACUGUAGCCCUACCUAUUGUUUUUAUUCCCACCUUCCUCGUUUUGUAAUUAGUAAAUGUACGUGUCUAUGCUGUUGUAAUUUGUAGCAGGUUUUUAAUUGUAAUUGACUUUUGCAUGUAUAAAACAGGCCGCAGCGAAAUCUGUCGUCUAACAAAUUGUCUUUACUAAAGAGGAAAACUGGCAAGAUCCUAAUUAUGCCCCCCCCCUAAAGUGAUCUGUAAAUGACAACGAGAUUGAAUGGAUGUCAUAACAUGUAAGGUGAAUGUUUAAAACACUGCUCCUGGUGGUAACGGCCUAUAUAAGUACCUAUGUUUAUAAAUGUUUAUGUUUUUAGAUUUGAUGGAUGUACAAUCAAAAUUGACAUCACUAACGGAUUACUUCUGCAGGUUGUGAAUAAAUGAAAGUGUAUUUUCAAUAA